GAUGCCCAGACAUUGCUCUGUCACUGGCUGCAAGUCACGUGACAACAAAGAGGCUCGUUUCGCUGGAGUCACCUUUCACAGGUGAGUGAGAGCUGCUACUUUACUUAUGUCUUUCAUUUCUGAAUUGAUACGAAUAGAUUUUAAUGCGAGUACUUGUAAGGAAAAAUCCACCCAAGCGUGUGACCUUCAUGUGAACUGAUUUGGAGGGGCGGGGGUUUCCAUGGAAACUUCUUUCAUCGAAAUGUUGGUCUAUUUUCACUUUGAUCAAUAGUUGCGUACAUUACCCAACACGUGUUUUGACUACCAGUGGUGCAGUGGGAUUUAUCCCUCGCUUCACCUCUACCUAAAGAGAGCGAUGCAGCGGCGCUUUAGCAGCAUUUUCGCCAACAUCUUCGCCUUGAACGUCUUGUUGAACGUCUCCAUGUGACAUCAGAGCAGCACACAACUGCUAACGUCUCACAGGAAUAGCGAAAAUACAGCACCAACCAGAAUCACUAAACACAUCAGAAAUCCUUCAAUAUAAACAUAUUUAAUGUGCUUUGGGGAGGAGUUUCCCUUUAAAGUUGAAACAGUCUUUGUCUUUAUGCUGGCACAAUAUGCUUUUGUUUUUUUUCCUUUUCAUUUGAUUUUAAUGAUGUUUAGGUUGCCAAAGAAGGGAAACCCUCGCCGUACUACCUGGAUUGUCAAUGCUCGGCGCAAAGGUCCCGGAGGAAAAGGGCUUUGGGAGCCUCAGAGCGACUACAUCUAUUUUUGCUCCAAACAUUUCACCCCCGACAGCUUCGAACUCUCCGGAGUCAGCGGAUAUCGCAGACUGAAAGAUGAUGCCGUGCCCACACUGGUUGAAAUCCCUUCUGGGCAUAAAGGCAAAUCCUCUAGAGGAAGAGGAAAAACACAGAAUGAGGACAGACAGUUGAGCACCACGACCAGAGCUGAUAAAGAGAGCUCAGACAGUAAGGAGACCCAGAUUAAAGUGGCUCUGGUACACAUUGUUGGACAUGAAGAAGCUGAGAGCGUCAAGAUAACCAAAGAAGAACAUAAAAAUGAAAACGUCGCUCCAUUAUCUUUACCUUUACAAGAAUCUGCACCUGAUCAACCCACGGAAAUCCCCACUACUCCACCUUCCCCGUCUCGCUACAUGAGGCGCCUCCCUCCACCUCCCGGCUUUUACCUUGCCAAGGAGCACAGCUACGCGCAGCUCUGCCCGCUGGAGUGGCGGAAACGCUAUGAGAAAGCCACGGACAAUUUGGAAAAGGCGCUGCGUUUGCUCAGGGCCGCUCGUCGCCGGGAAAACCGUCUCCGACUCACAAUGCUGCGCCUCCAAGAGAGCAGACUCAAGCAGACUUUAUCUCAAAUUCAAGAUCGAAGGAAGGAGAGCCAUGAAAGCCAAACUCGGUCGAGUCGGGCUCGUCAGAGUGGGAAGCUGGCCAGACCAGGACAGGACAGGGGUCUGGAAGGGCUGGAAGAGAGUGAGAUAGAGGGCACAGGGGAAGAAAUGGAGCUUCUUACAGAGGAAAGUUGGAGGAAGGAACACGCUGCUAAGCUGAGGGAUGGCGUGGAAGACGAGGAAGGCUGCUGUUUUUAUUGUGGACGAGGAAGAGAGGACGAGGAAGCCAAAGAAGGCAGGGAUCAAGCGGGAUCUCAGAGAAGCACAGCGUUCCAAGGCAGAAGAGCAAGAGGAAGGAACAUGUCCAGCGUGUUAAGAGAAUCAAAGGGCCAAUCGAAACCUCCCGUGCAUCAGAACAUCAAUCCUGAGCAGCUUACCCUUCUUCACCCUCAGCCUGAAAUGCUCCUGCAGAUGCAUGCACUUUCUGGACCUACGCAAUCCACAGCAACGUUCCAAGACGUCACUUCUUCGCCUCAGCUACAGCACCUCCACCUCCUGCAACCCGAUCUGGGCCUUCUCCAUCCAGAUACGUCAACGACGGACAUCGGCGUGACCCAGAGCGAGGACGGAGGAGAUGGGAUGUGUCAUGUAUUUUUGGUUCCUGUGUCUUCUGAAACCAAAGAGAAGAGCAGGAUUGGUGGAGAAGGCUCCAUUCAGCAAACCCAUUCGAUACUGGUGACGGAAGAAACCUUGCAGCACGUGGUUAGCGAACAAGGAGACGGGCUAAACGUUCAGAGCGACGACAUGGGGCUGAGUCAUACCGCGCUGAAAAAUGACCAGCAGGCAAACGUCCGAGCCACGCUGGUGGGUGGAGACGUCACGCAGAGACUAAAGGAACAUCUGGAAGGGUUUCAGCUGCAGCUAAGCAGUGAAUUUAUCGAUUAGUUAUGCUGAUUUAUUUAUUUAUGUAUUCAUUCAUUCAGUCAUUUGCCUAACCAUACCAACUAUUUAACGUACUAUUGCUUACUUCCUGUACGAUAACUUACUCCGUUCUAUCUGGAGAAAUAAUCAUGACAUACACUUACCGCGUACUUUAUUAGAGACACCUGCUCAUUACAGUUAUCCAAUCAGCAACGCGUAAACUCUUUACGACCGUGGUGCACAGAAAAGCAUCUCCGAACGUACAACACGUUGUAACUUGACGCGGACGAGCCACUCCAGCAGAAGACCACAUCAGCUUCCACUCGUCUCAGACAAGAACAGGAACCUGAAGCUGCGGAAGGCCCGGGAUUCUCAAACUGCAACACUGGAAAAAGGCGAAAAUGACCUAACGAGUUCAUUAAACGCAUGACGAGCAGGUUUAAAGGUGUUCCUAAUAAACUGGACAGUGAGUGUACGUCACUUAAUUUGUGUACGUUGAGUUAACGUACUUUUUUUUACUCGCAUUUAAAAGUCCAUCGUGUUUUCGUCCGUGACUUCUAGCUCGCUCACGACGCGUAGCUACUGCGACGAUAACAACCUCUCGCUCUAAUAUUCGCGUAUCUGGCUUCUCAUAAAUACUUCAUAGUAUGUAACGCCCAAGCUAGCGAGUAGCUCACAAAUAUUUAGGUGUUUACUGAUGAGUCACUAAGAAAGAACUGACAGGGCUGGGUUAACAGCGAACUGAUUUACGGCCGUUUCUGUAGCGCGGCUGUGACUUCAGCGAAAAAAAAGAAAGCGAUAUGUAGCGUGAACUCGUUCAAUCUGGUGAACAAGGUGUCGUCGUUAUUCGUCAGUAUGAAAGAGGAAUACUCGGAAUGCAGUAUUUUAGGAAGUGUUCCAAAGCCUAGUUUUGUCGAGCGAUAUAAGGUUACUAAUUACUCGCAAGAUUUGUUAUUUUUUAAAAUUUUUUUUAACUUAUUUUCAUAAUUUGACCUUAAGUCAAGCUGUAAUUAUAGAUCAUACGUUUUCUCUCCAGAAUUUCUGUCAAUGUGGAUAAGUGUGUGUGUGUGUGUGUGUGUGUGUGUGUGUGUGUGUGUGUGUGUGUGUGUGUGGCUGAUUUAAAAGAAAAGAUGACUUUGGAGGAUGUACUAUAUUGGAACAAAUGAUUUAAUGUCCCUCUUUGAGCACUUGUUUUUCAUUCAUAAAUAAACUUAUUAUUAUUAUUAUUAUUAUUAUUAUUAUUAUUGUUAUUAUUAGAAUUUUUUUUACAAAUAAAAGUUUUGAUGCGUUCUUCAUGAGCAACGUCUUCACUUUUGUUCGGUUCUCAUUUCGCCGAGGAAAUAACGUUCCGAUGCCCUUUAUCUUUACGUACCUCGUUACGUACUUUACAAGUCGCACACACUGGAUAUCGCUUCAGCGUUCUGAUUUCCUUUUCGUUUUGUAGACGAAUUGUAAAAUACAGUUUCCUUUUUCCUCUCCGAGAGACGCACGCGACCGUAGUUCAAGCCAGAAUUAGUGUUGCUUAUUAAGUAUUAUUGUAGAAAUAAGUGUUCCGGAUGAUGAGGAAGAAUUGUUUUGAACCUGUAGUUAAUCACAUACCUGUCUAAAGUAUACACGAUCCAUAUGCAGAAGGAUUUCUAACUGUUUAUUUUCUUUUAUUUAUCUUCGGUAAACUCUUUAUCCCGAUCAGGGUCGCGGUGAAUCCCUGGAACAAUGGGCAUCUGGGGUGAAUCGGACACACACAUUCGCACGUAGGGGCGAUUUAGGGCCGCCAGUCCACGUAGCGACGUGUUUUUUUUGGAGGUGGGAGGAAACCAGAGAACCCAGAGCAAAGAUGAAGAGGAGUGAAUGAUGACGAAGGAACAAUAAAGAAAUGAUUUUCCAACCAAAAAGGCUUUUACAUUUGAGCGUGACUUCACCAUGAGAUAAACAUUUUAUUCUAACAAGGUGAAGAGGUUUUUGGUUUUAUGAAGUAUGCAAAUUUAUGAGGGGGGUUUUAAUUAAGUAUGCAAAUGUGUGUGGGUUUUAAUGAAGUAUGCAAAUCUAUG